AUGUACAUGAAGGUCCGGAAGAGCGCCGGGCGCCAGGCUGUUCCAGACGUUCCUCAGCGCCAUCCCAAUCUCCUCGAGGCUAGCACCGUCCAUUCCAGUUGGCCCCAAGGGUGUGGUAUCUUUGCUCUCAUAAAACGGUGCCUGUGGGACGAUGAGUCGAUGAUCCGCUCGUCAACCCUGAUGGAAUUUGCGACUCUUACGCUCAACCCCGCCACGAAACAGCCAAAGGCAAGAAUUUACAAGCCCGCGGAGGUCGAUGCGCUGUUGGUAGAACAGGGUUUAGCAAAGAAGGACGAGGACUCCGAGAUCGAUGCGAGCUGUAUAACGGAACACUUAAUGGAUAUGGUUAUUGUACACGAUGUGGGCAUUGUCCUCCCCACGAAUCUGGGGAUGCAUACCCCGACGGUGUUCUUGUCAAUUUUUCUCAUGCUGAUGUUCAUGACAUACAAUGCUUAUUUGAUUCUCGCUGUUGUUGUGGGAGAAGCUGCCGGACACUUUAUUUUUGGCUCUCGUAUGGAUCUAACGGCAGAUUGUCCGGCGCUGUAG